UCUUCCGGCUCCGCGCGGCGGCUCCGCCGGUACCGAGGUGGAAGCGCGCCCUGGGCCGCGGGGGGCGCAGCUGCUGGGGCACCUGGACCUGAGGAGGCGGCAGGUGAGGGGCCCCGGAGCUUUCCAGGCGCCCCGGGGUCUGCGCGGGAGCGGGCGCCGUGGCCGGGCCGGCCUCGGGCCUAAGAAGAACCGGGACGUCUCGCCCUGGCGUCGGGCUGAGGGUUUUCCGGCGCCGGACUACACUUCCCGCCGGCACUUGCGCGCGCCCCGCUGGCGCCCCCUUUCGGCGUCCAGCCUCGUAGCCCAGGCGGGUGAACCCCUUAGCUCUGCCAUCUCAUGACUCUGCCCUUCCCCAAGAGAGGAACCAGGAGGAGGACCCAACAGCCCUUGAAAUUCUAAAAGUCAUGUCCCUUGGGUCAGAACUUUUCAGGGACGUGGCCAUAGUCUUCUCCCAAGAAGAAUGGCAGCAGCUGGUGCCUGCUCAGAGGGAUUUGUACAGAGACGUGAUGUUGGAGACCUAUAGCAACCUGGUUUCACUGGGUCUUGCCAUUUCCAAACCUGAUGUGAUCUCUUUCCUUGAGCAAGGCAGAGAGCCCUGGAUGGUGGAAGAGGUGGUGCCAGGCCUGUGCCCAGUGUUGGAGUCCGGAUGUGAUACCAAGGUAUUAUCUCCAAAGCAGCAUGUUUAUGAAGUUGAAUCACCCCAGUGGGAGAUCAUGGAAAGCCUUACAAGCUAUGGUCUUGAGUAUCCGAGUUUCCAAGAUGAUUGGGAAUGCAGAAGCCAAUUUGACAGAAAACAGGGAAAUCCAGACAAACAUUUUAGUCAAAUGAUAAUCAGUCAUGAAGAAAUGCCCACUUUUGACCAACACACAUCCCUUACUUUUUAUCAGAAAAUUCAUAAUGGAGAAAAACCCUAUGAAUAUAAUAGAAAAGACUUCUGCCAAAAGGAACUUCUUAUUAAUCAUCAAGGAAUUCGUACUAAUGAGAAGCCCUAUAAAUGUAAGGAAUGUGGGAAGGCCUUUAAAUAUAGCUCACGACUAAUUCAGCAUGAGAAUAUUCAUUCUGGCAAGAAACCCUAUGAAUGUAAGGAAUGUGGAAAAGCCUUCAAUUCUGGUUCAAAUUUCAUACAACAUCAGAGAGUUCAUACUGGUGAGAAACCUUAUGAAUGUAAGGACUGUGCAAAGGCUUUUAGUCGAAGCUCACAGUUGAUUGAGCAUCAGCGAAUUCAUACUGGUGAGAAACCCUAUCAGUGUAAGGAAUGUGGCAAGGCCUUCAAUCGGAUAUCACAUCUUAAAGUACAUUAUAGAAUUCAUACGGGUGAAAAACCCUAUGCAUGCAAGGAAUGUGGGAAAACCUUCAGUCAUCGGUCUCAGUUGAUUCAACAUCAGACUAUUCAUACUGGAAAGAAACUCUAUGAAUGUAAGGAAUGUGGGAAGGCCUUUAAUCAAGGCUCAACUCUUAUUCGACAUCAGAGAAUUCAUACUGGUGAGAAACCCUAUGAAUGUAAGGUAUGUGGGAAGGCCUUUAGAGUGAGCUCACAACUUAAGCAACAUCAGAGAAUCCACACUGGAGAGAAACCCUACCAGUGCAAGAUAUGUAGUAGAGCCUUCAAACGAGUUUCACAUCUUACUGUACAUUAUAGAAUUCAUACAGGUGAAAAACCAUAUGAAUGUAAGGAAUGUGGGAAGGCUUUUAGUCAUUGCUCACAACUGAUUCAACAUCAGGUCAUCCAUACUGAGGAAAAGCCCUAUGAAUAUAAGGAACGUGGGAGGACAUUAAGUCAUGAUUCAACUAUUGUUCCGUCUCAGAGAAUGCAUAAUAGAGAAAAACAUGUGAAUAUAAUAAAUGUCAAAAAGCCUUCCAUCAGCACUUAUCCCUUAUUAAUCAUCAGAGAAUUUAUGUUGGCAAGCAAUCAUAUGAAUGGAAAUAAUGGGGGAAACCCAUUAGCUUAGUAUAGUCACAACUUACUUCUACCUCUUGGAGGAAGACUUGAAGAAUGUAAUGCAAGUGAGAACCCCUUCAUUCAGAGCUUAUUCUUUAUCCUAAGUCAGAAAAUUCAUAACAAAAAAAUGUUAUGAAUGGUAAACUGUUUAGACUAUGAUUGUCAAGGAAGCAGGGAAAGGCUGG